CUGUGUUUGGUCUAUCGGAGGCAGCUGACCUUUGAGGAGGAAAUCGCUGCUCUCUGCUCCUUCCUGUAGUAACAGCCGCCGCCGCCGCCGCCGCCGUCAAGAGCCGUCAGGAACCAGCAGGAGCCCGAGCCGGGAGCGACAGCCGCAGGCGUUCCGCAGCACCAGGUGAACGACCAUGGCGGGCUGGAUUCAGGCCCAGCAGCUUCAGGGAGAUGCAUUGCGCCAGAUGCAAGUGUUGUACGGACAGCACUUCCCCAUUGAGGUCCGGCACUACCUGGCCCAGUGGAUCGAGAGUCAGCCAUGGGAUGCCAUUGACUUGGACAAUCCCCAGGACCGAGGCCAGGCCUCCCAGCUCCUGGAAGGCCUGGUGCAGGAGCUGCAGAAGAAGGCAGAACACCAGGUGGGGGAAGAUGGGUUUUUGCUGAAGAUCAAGCUGGGGCACUAUGCCACACAGCUCCAGAACACCUACGACCGCUGCCCCAUGGAGCUGGUUCGCUGUAUCCGGCACAUUCUGUACAAUGAACAGAGGCUGGUGCGAGAAGCCAACAACUGCAGCUCCCCGGCUGGUGUCCUGGUUGACGCCAUGUCCCAGAAGCACCUUCAGAUCAACCAGACGUUUGAGGAGCUGCGCCUCAUCACACAGGACACGGAGAACGAGCUGAAGAAGCUGCAGCAGACCCAGGAGUACUUCAUCAUCCAGUAUCAGGAGAGCCUGCGGAUCCAAGCUCAGUUUGCCCAGCUGGCCCAGCUGAACCCCCAGGAGCGCAUGAGCCGGGAGACAGCCCUCCAGCAGAAGCAAGUGUCCCUGGAGGCCUGGCUGCAGCGGGAGGCACAGACACUGCAGCAGUACCGUGUGGAGCUGGCUGAAAAGCACCAGAAAACCCUGCAGCUGCUGCGGAAGCAACAGACCAUCAUUCUGGACGACGAGCUGAUCCAGUGGAAGCGGCGGCAGCAGCUGGCCGGGAACGGGGGUCCCCCUGAGGGCAGCCUGGACGUGCUGCAGUCCUGGUGUGAGAAGCUAGCCGAGAUCAUCUGGCAGAACCGGCAGCAGAUCCGCAGGGCUGAGCACCUCUGCCAGCAGCUGCCCAUCCCAGGCCCCGUGGAGGAGAUGCUAGCCGAGGUCAAUGCCACCAUCACAGACAUCAUCUCAGCCCUGGUCACCAGCACUUUCAUCAUUGAGAAGCAACCUCCUCAGGUCCUGAAGACCCAGACCAAGUUUGCAGCCACCGUGCGCCUGCUGGUGGGCGGGAAGCUGAAUGUGCACAUGAACCCCCCGCAGGUGAAGGCGACCAUCAUCAGCGAGCAGCAGGCCAAGUCCCUGCUCAAGAACGAGAGCACCCGCAAUGAGUGCAGCGGCGAGAUCCUGAACAACUGCUGCGUCAUGGAGUACCACCAGGCCACGGGCACCCUCAGCGCCCACUUCAGGAACAUGUCCCUGAAAAGAAUCAAGCGAGCCGACAGGCGUGGCGCAGAGUCUGUGACGGAGGAGAAGUUCACGGUCCUGUUUGAGUCCCAGUUCAGUGUUGGCAGCAAUGAGCUGGUGUUCCAGGUGAAGACCCUGUCCCUUCCUGUGGUUGUCAUCGUUCAUGGCAGCCAGGACCACAAUGCUACUGCCACCGUGCUGUGGGACAAUGCCUUUGCUGAACCGGGCAGGGUGCCAUUUGCCGUGCCUGACAAGGUGCUGUGGCCGCAGCUGUGUGAAGCGCUCAACAUGAAAUUCAAGGCCGAAGUGCAGAGCAACCGGGGCCUGACCAAGGAGAACCUGGUGUUCCUGGCACAGAAACUGUUCAAUAGCAGCAGCAGCCACCUCGAGGACUACAACAGCAUGUCCGUGUCCUGGUCCCAGUUCAACCGGGAGAACUUGCCAGGUUGGAACUACACCUUCUGGCAGUGGUUUGAUGGGGUGAUGGAGGUGCUGAAGAAACAUCAUAAGCCCCACUGGAAUGAUGGGGCCAUCUUAGGCUUUGUGAAUAAGCAACAGGCCCACGACCUGCUCAUCAACAAGCCAGAUGGGACCUUUCUAUUGCGCUUUAGCGACUCAGAAAUUGGAGGCAUCACUAUUGCCUGGAAGUUUGACUCUCCGGACCGAAACCUCUGGAAUCUGAAGCCGUUCACCACGAGAGAUUUCUCCAUACGGUCCCUGGCUGACCGACUGGGGGACCUGAACUACCUCAUCUAUGUGUUCCCAGACCGACCCAAGGAUGAGGUCUUUGCCAAGUACUACACUCCUAUACUUGCAAAAGCAGUGGACGGAUACGUGAAGCCACUGAUCAGACAAGUGGUCCCUGAGUUUAUCAAUGCAUCUGCAGACGCUGGAGCCAGCGCCACCUACAUGGACCAGGCCCCGUCUCCAGUAGUGUGCCCCCAGGCUCAUUACAACAUGUACCCACAAAACUCUGACCAAGAUGGAGAAUUUGACCUGGAUGAGUCCAUGGAUGUUGCCAGGCAUGUGGAAGAACUCUUACGCCGGCCCAUAGACAGUCUCGACGCCCGCCUCUCCCCACCCGCUGGCCUCUUCACCUCUGCCAGAGGCUCCCUGUCCUGAACCCUGGAACGCCACACUUCUCCUGGAAAACCACCUUCAAUGUGAAGAGCCCAUGUCAGUGUGACUGUAGGAUCUCUGUAUAUUCCGACGGCUUUGCACGCAUGCGUGUGCGUUGGUGCAAUAAGCCGUGGCAAUGCCGCCUUACCCACACAGUUCUGGGUCUGUGGCUAAAGAAGUGGUGGCCUUUUCGUUCAGGCCUCAAGGUCCCAAGAGCUGGACCUAUCAUUCCAGACAAACCUCUUUCUCCUGUGUCUUUCAUCAGUUCAGUGGCUAUUGAAGUGAAGCAAUUCUAGAAAAGGAAGGAAGGCAGGCAGGUUUAGGCAACCAAGCUGGAGUUUCAGUCCUGAGUGAGAAACCUCACCCGUAUUGGUAUGUAGCUGACAUGCACAUGUGCCAAUCUAACCGAUGCUCUCCCUCCCAAGGGAGACUGGGCUUCACUCUUAGUAACACAUAGACUUUGUGAGUCCUCAGUGUGCUUAGGCUGCAACCAUGGAAACAGCAACCCUGGGUUAAUUUGAGUCAGGGCUACCGAGCUGAGUAGGUUGGUUCUCGGUCUCUUAUCUUUGAGCCAGGGUGAAUAUGGGCUUCAGUGGCCUUGACCAUAUUGCCAACAUCCCUUUCUUCCCUGUCUAGUAUCCUCAUUCUUUCAAAGAGACUCAACUAUCUCGCUUUUGGUUUUUGUUUCAUUUGUUUUAUGAGAUAGGGUCUGCCCAUGGAGCCCAGGCUGGCCAUGAAUGAUCCUCCUGCCUCCGCUUUUGGAAUGCAAGGAUUACAGGCAUGCAAGACCACGUUUCAGCCUUUCAUUUCCUGUUUGCAACCUUGCUUAUUAUCAGAAAGGAGGGGAAUAUUAAAUGUCGAGGACCAGGAGA